AUGAAAAAGGGUGAGAGUGUUGAUGCGUACUUUGCUCGAACGCUCAUCAUAGCAAACAAGAUGAAGAUUCAUGGUGAAAACAUGCAGCAAAUGGUUAUCAUUGAAAAGAUCUUGAGAUCAAUGACCUCAAGGUUCGACUAUGUUGUGUGUUCGGUUGAAGAAUCUAAUGACUUAGACACUUUAACCAUUGAUGAGUUGCAGAGUAGCUUACUGGUACAUGAGCAGAGGAUGAAUGGGCAUGGAGAAGAUGAGCAGGCAUUAAAGGUGACCUGCGAUGAUAGAAUUGGUGGAAAAGGAGGCGGGCACUUUCAAUAUGAGUAUCCUAAAUGGGAGAAGGAAGCGAAUUAUGCUGAGCUUGAGGAAAAAGAAGAAAUGUUGUUGAUGUCAUAUAUGGAGUAUAAUCAAUCAAGGAGAGAGGAUGUUUGGUUCCUUGACUCAGGGUGCAGCAAUUAUAUGUGUGCAAAUAAGGAGUGGUUCUCGAAUCUUGAUAAGGAAUUUUGGAAAUUUGUGAAGCUCGGCAAUAAUUCCAAGAUGGCUGUUUUGGGAAAGGGUAACAUUAGGUUGCAAAUUGCUGGAGUUACUCAGGUAUCUUUCGAAGAUGGGAUCGAGAUUGCUCUUGAAGAAGAUAUUAUUAGGCUCCUCUAUAUAUUUUCGCGUUUAAUGUAG